AUGGCCCCGUCAGAAAACCCCAGGGACUGGACAGCCAGCCUCAAAGGCACGAGCCUUGAGACAGACCUGGGGACCAGCUCAGGUGGGAAGCCGGCUGGCCGUCCGAAGACUGUCCCCACGGCUCACCUAACUUUUGUGAUCGACUGUGCCCGUGGGAAGCCCCUCUCCCUGGCAACACCUGUGCCGCCCCGAGCCUCCAGCCCCCACCAAGGGCCCGUCGCCCCGCCAAUGAAGACCUACAUCGUGUUCUGCGGGGAAAAUCGGCGACCUCUGACUCAGGAGGCCACCCUGGGUGGCCUACGCCUUGCCCAGGCCAGGGCCACACAGCCGCCCUGCGGAGGGAUCGCAGCCCCGGCUCCCUCCCUGGAAAGCCCCCAGAAGGUUCCUGAGGCUAAGGGGGGACCCCUGAAGGCUGCACCUGUGAGGUCUUCAACCUGGGGCACCGUCAAGGACUCCCUCCGAGCUCUCUCCUCCUGUGUCUGCGGGCAGGUCGAUUAG